CAUUUCAUUUACUGUUUUAAUUAUUAUACCUCUGUUUUUUUCCACCAUUUCACACUUGCAAAUAAGAAAAAAAAUAAUAUAUAUAUAUAUUUUUUAUAUAUAUAUUUCUAGUGAGAAAAAGCUAAAUGUGGGUUCUUUUUUGAAUGGUGACCAUUUUGAUAUUCUAGAAGAUUGAAGAACUCCAAUUUUGAUCAAAUAAGAAAGAAAGAGAAAAAGGAGGUUGAUGAACUACAGGUCGAUAUUAAUCGAGAUUGAUAUUAAAAUUUGCAUAUAAUCUAUCUUUAUCGGAUGAAUAUGAUGAUCGUGAGACGGACAUUAGCAUGUUGUGCAAGAGAUAAAGAGAUUAGUAUUGACUUUGGUGAACAAGAGAGAAUUACAACGUAUGAUGGCCUCGAGAGCUGCAUACUGAACAGUCAGGCUUAUGAGUAUGAAAAAGCCAAUAGCAGAGUUGAUGUUGGUGUUGCAGAUUCUUUAUAUGAUGACGACUCGAGUAGCUCUUCUAGCAAUAAUGCUUUUGGAUCAUAUUCAUCUCAGUGUACGACAAGCCCUCAACAUCUUUAUGUGAACGAAAAAUCAGGUUCAACACAACUUUCGGAUGUGGAAAUGAUGAAAGAGAGGUUUGCAAAGUUGUUGCUCGGGGAGGAUGUGACCGGAGGAAGCAAGGGAGUUUCCACUGCAUUAGCAUUGUCCAAUGCCAUUACAUAUCUUGCAGCGUCUGUGUUCGGAGAGCUGUGGAAAUUGGAGCCACUUGCAGAGGAACGAAAGAUCAAAUGGAGAACGGAAAUGGAUUUGUUACUCUCACCUACCAAUCAUAUGAUUGAGUUGGUUCCUGCUAGACAAAGUGGUUCUAAUGGCCAGGGAUUGGAGAUAAUGACACCAAAAGUUCGCGCAGACAUCCAUAUGAAUCUUCCAGCCCUUCGGAAAUUGGACUCGAUGCUUCUUGAAACGCUUGAUUCAAUGGUUAGUACUGAGUUUUGGUACACGGAAGUGAGUUCCCGAGCUGAAGGAAAGAACACUAAGUGGUGUCUUCCUUCACCUAAGGUACCCGUAGCUGGACUAUCUGAAGUCGAAAGAAAGAAAUUGGUGAAUCAAGGAAAAUUGACGAAUCAAAUAUUGAAGGCAGCGAAAGCUAUCAAUGAAAAUGUCUUGGCUGAAAUGCCUGUUCCAACAGUUAUCAAAGAUGCACUUCGAAAGUCUAGCAGGACAAGCCUCGGGGACGACCUUUAUAGGAUCUUGACAGCAGAAUCAACUUCUGCUGAGGAAAUGUUGAUUUCAUUGAACUUGAAAUCUGAAAACAGCGCGGUUGAAGUUGUUAACAGGUUAGAAGGAUCGAUUCUUGCUUGGAAAGAGAGAAUAACUGAUCAAGCUAGCGGAAAAUCUCCAGCUCGAAGAUCUUGGUCUUUCGUAAGAGAUCCAAUAUCCGAGUUAGACAAAGUGGAGUUCUUAUUGAACAAAGCAGAAUCUCUUGUACAACAGCUCAAAUUUGAGUAUCCUAACCUUCCGCAGACGUUCCUCAAUGUCACAAAAAUCCAGUAUGGCACGGACAUUGGACAUUCAAUUCUGGAAGCAUACUCUCGAGUUCUUUUAAACUUAGCACACAACAUUCUUACACGGAUAGGAGAAGUUUUGCAAGUAGAUUUCUCGAGCAACGUCAACUCACCUGCAGCUACUGUCUACUCGAGUCCUAUAUCGAGUGAUGAAACACUCGUUUAUCGAUCAGAUGAGCAGAGCUGAUAGACAUUUUAGAGACUCCUAUGAAGAUUGAUUGUAGCAGCAUGUCUACUGCAGAUUCACCUCAACAGAGUUUUUGUGAUAUAUAAGUAUAUAAGUUAAUUAAGAGAUAAAAUGUGUGUAUGGAAAAAACAUGUCUUUGCAUUAAAACUUCAGAUACCACAUAUUUAAAUUUAUUUCGAUAGAUUUGCGAAAAAUUAACCGGGAUACUUACAUAAAUGUGCUAUAAUAAAAAAAACAUUUACCAUUUA